GUUCAUUAUUCCAUCAAUUUUGACAAGAUCCCUAACAUCACCUGCUGAAAUGCAGCCCAGACAGAACCUUGACAGUGUUUUACAGAUAACUGUAAAACACUCACUGUUGCACCUCUCUCCUGACCUCCUCAGUACAGUCAAAUUUGGAGUCAUUAAUCCAUAAGACCUGUUCGAACAGAUUUUCAGUCCAGUUGUUGUGCAAUUUGGCAUACGUCACCCUUUUCUCCCUGUUUCACUGUCUUAAAAAUGACUUCUUAACAACGACCCCUCCUCUGAGACCAUUUGAGGCUUCAGUGAACAGCAGAUGAAUCAACAGGUCUUUGCUUGCACAAUGAGAUUUUGAAAUUUCAGGGGUAGGUUGUUUUUUGCUUUUUGCAAAACCAGUUAGUGUCUGGUUUCACAAUGUCACAUGCAGUGAAACCAAAAGCAGUUUUUCUUUAAGGAAUUAGAUUUUCUGUGGAACAUAACUAUCAGUGUCGACAUGUCUGCCGUCUGGUUACAGCUGAUAACCCUCCUAUGUCUCUCUUUUGGGACCCCAAGCAGGGCAGAUGGUCAUGGAGUGGUACGGAGAAAUGUUGGAGAGCAAGUCACCAUCCAGUGCAGAAGUGCUUCUAAUCAGGAUAUGCUGUAUUUGAAGAAAGGCCUCAAUGAGGAAGAGGACAUUUAUUUCACAGAUUCAAAUAAAUCUACUAUUAACCAAAAAUUUACUGACAGACUUCAGUUUCAUGGUAAAUUACCCACUGUGGAUAUUCUCAUCAAAAACUUGACCCUGAACGAUACAGGACCGUACUGGUGCAUGUACAAAUCGACCGACCAGAAAUAUGAGCUCAAAACCACAAGAGGCAGUGGGUCUGUGCUGCUGGUGGUGACAGAAAACAGACUUUCACCUACGGUGCCUCAGUGUGACCAAUCACAGGGUGACCUGCCCCUGAUCCUGGCCUCUGUGGUGAUCUGUGCUGGUGUGCUGAUUGUCAUCCUCGUGGCCUCUCUCAUCUGUAUCAUCAUCAAGAACAAACGCAACAAAGCAAGAAGAAGAUGAGAUGAGACCAUUUAAACUCUGCACCAGAGUGCUGAAGAUCAAGCUUUGUGGUAACUCAGUCUAUUUUCACUCCUCAGGUCUUGUAUGUGUCUCAGUGAAAGAUGGGUAACAGUGAAUGAGAACAUAAAGCGGUACAACAAAAGAACAACUGGCACUGACGCUGCAGAUUAUUUAGAAAUGCUUUGUAUGAAAAUAGAUAAUAUAAGUCCAUCACAGUUAAGCUCAAAUAUUGGGUUUUGUUUUACUUUUUUAAAAUUAUUGUACUGACAUGAACAUGUUUAAAUUCAUGUCACUUUUCCUGUUUGAUUUUCAUGUUCUUUACAUAUAAAUGAUUGUGGAGGAUUAAUUUUGUAAAUCAGUGGUUUUCAGAUUGUGGCCUGGGUCCUUCUGCUGGGCUCAGAGCAACUGUGAGUGGGGAAAAUAAUGAGGGGAAACUAUGUAAGUUGAAUAAUUGUGGAAAAUAAACGUUUAAUUGAACAAAA